AUGCUGGGCCAUGUUCGUGUGAUGCCGUCCGCAACCAUUGUUUUGUGCUGCUCCCUUCCUAUGCCGCCCGUACGGGCAUGGCUGCUGUUUCACAACAGUGAUCACCUUCAUCUGAACGCCUCUUGCUUCCAAAGCCACCAAAUGUCGUCGUCCGGCGUGUUCUGCCUGCUGGGCCAUAUCGUCCUCGAAUGUUCCUACAGUAUCACGCACGUUUUCCACCAAUUUCGUCUUUGCUUCCCCUUUGUCAUGACCAUGCCUGAUAUUGCGUAUCUUUCAAUCCUAGGUCUGCCAGAUGACCUUCAUCUCCAGCAGGCUUGUCCCGAUAACAUCCUGUGUCCUUCGUCCAUGUUGACACUCACCCACGCCACUCAUGAAGGGCUGAAGAUCACCGGCACACAUGAAGAUGUCCUCGAUAUGCGGGAUAUGGUCAAAGACCGUCCUUGGUAUCAAAUGAGAGAAAAGUCCGGAGCUGAUCUCCAGGCGCACCUGUGGGAAUGA